UAGAAGCAAGUUGAAUUGUAAAAGUCAGUCUCUGCGACUCUUCCUUCCUUCCUCCAUUGCUUGAGAGAUAGUUUUCUUCCUCUUCUUCUUCGAUGCCCAGUCGACGGAGGCAUAGCUACACAGGCGGAUCUUCACCUGCAACCGCAUCUUCAUCGUACAGCACCAGCACUCUUCCCGAUCGUUCCCCAGCUCCUUCCUCCACCACCGACAGACCACCACCAAACUCCCUCGCUCGCUGGAUCUCGGGGAUCUUCAUCAGCUGCUUCACUCCUCCUGAUUCCGUUUCCUCCAAGAGUUUCAACGACUCCGAACAUGACAUCCGUAGUAGACGGAGCUCAACGGGAAGUGUGCAGAGACAUUACUAUGGUAACGGCAAUGAAACGGAGAACCCGAAUCAAAGAUUCAGCUUCGAGGAAAUCUACGCGGCCACCAAGAACUUCUCCCCAUCCUUCAGGAUCGGACAAGGAGGUUUCGGCACUGUUUACAAGGUCAAACUCAGAGAUGGCUCCACCGUUGCUGUCAAACGUGCCAAAAAGAGUUUACACAAAGAGGACCGUCAGGGUGCAGAGUUCAUGAGUGAGAUUAAGACAUUGGCUCAAGUCACUCAUUUGAGUUUGGUCAAAUACUAUGGUUAUUUGGUGCACAAUGACGAGAAGCUUCUUGUUGUUGAGUAUGUCCCCAAUGGAAAUCUCAGAGAUCACUUGGAUUGUAAGGAAGGAAAGACUCUCGACAUGGCAACUCGGCUUGAUAUCGCUACUGAUGUUGCUCAUGCCAUUACCUAUCUUCACAUGUACACCCAGCCACCUAUCAUCCACAGAGACAUCAAAUCUUCAAACAUUCUCCUCACUGACAACUUCAGAGCCAAGGUUGCUGAUUUCGGUUUUGCCAGAUUAGCUCCAGAUAGUGAAUCAGGUGCCACUCAUGUCUCCACUCAAGUCAAAGGAACCGCUGGUUACUUAGACCCUGAAUACCUAACUACCUACCAGCUCACUGAGAAAAGCGACGUCUACUCCUUCGGUGUACUCCUCGUCGAGCUUCUCACUGGUCGCCGUCCCAUUGAGCUUCACAGAGAACAAAAGGAACGCAUCACCAUUAGAUGGGCCAUCAAGAAGUUCACGAGUGGAGAUACAAUAUCGGCUUUGGACCCAAAGCUGGAACGAAAUCCAGCUAACAACUUAGCACUAGAGAAGGUAUUGGAGAUGGCGUUUCAGUGUCUAGCUCCUCAUAGAGGUUCCAGACCAAGCAUGAAAAAUUGCAGUGAGAUUCUUUGGGGUAUCCGUAAAGAUUACAGAGAGCUCCUCAACACAAGUCUUUGAGAUUCUUCUCUAAACGCCUCUUUAUAAAGACAUAUUUGUUUCCCUAUCUCUAGCAACUACAUCUAUUUGUCACACACGAUGAUUCUUGUGCGAGAAAUAUUGAUUUGUAGUUUUU